AUGAUUAUAUUUCCUUCUCCUUACGAUCAUGUGCUUCCACAUCAGAUUAAAGUUACAUUUCCAGACGAUUUUUCAGCAAACGAAAACACUCUUGAUCGAGUGGUUGGCUCUCUUCUCGGAUUAGCCAUCGGUGAUGCACUGGGAGCCAGUGUCGAAUUUCGCCCACAUGCUUACCUUCUACAUCAUCCUGUUACUGACAUGCAAAGAGGAGGUACAUGGGGUCUUGAUGCAGGACAAUGGACAGAUGAUACAUCCAUGAGUCUAUGUCUCGCUUCAUCACUAAUUACUAAACGGCGUUUUGAUCCCUAUGAUCAAAUGGUUCGUUAUAAAUGGUGGUACAAAUACGGUUUCCUCUCAUCCACUGGUCACUGUUUUGAUAUUGGCAGUGCUACUCGUCAAGCGCUUGAUGAAUUCAGUCGCCGUCAAAUACUUUUGAAGAAUUUCUAUUAUUGCACAACUGAGGAAGAAGUCGAUCGGCUUCCACUGGAGAAAGUUCUGUACGUAAAAGACUUCAGUUGCGACUGUAGUUCAUCGGAUGUCGCUGGAAAUGGAGCUCUAAUGCGUCUCGCUCCUGUACCACUCUUUUAUUUUCGUUCACCCCUCGAAGCCGUUAGUUAUGCUGGGCGCAGUGCUACAUUGACUCAUGGAGAUAUCAAAGCGUCCGAUGCUUGCCGAUACUAUGCAGCAUUGAUCGUCGCGGCUGUCCAUGGAGAUGACACUGACACUACAGCAGCCAUCUAUGGUCAGUUGGCUGGUGCUUAUUAUGGUUAUCAAAGUAUUCCAGAAAAUUGGCGACAACAGCUCUAUGCUAAUCAACUGAUUACUAGUAUUGGUCAUUGGUUACAUUUUCUCGGAAAACAGCAAUCUCAUAGUCAACAACAAUCACAAAAAGUGAUUGUACAAAAGCCAAUACCUGCUACAAAUCCUCAAAGACAACAUCAAAAGUUAGAUUUCACAACAUCUUUGAACAAUAGAAUACACCAGAAUACGUCUGCUAUUGGUGUAACCGGCUAUUACCUACAUCCGACUGUGUCACACAGUGUACCGAUUGAAUGGAGUCAACCGAAAAAUACUUACCGUGAUCCUUAUCUCGUCGAUACUAGUUACAAUACGAACUGGAGCCCGCCAUUUCAUGAUGAAAUGUUCACGACACGUUUACCCAGCCAUCGCACAACUCCAAAAUCAUUCGAUGGUUACAAUUAUCCGUAUUAUUCGCGCCAACACCACUAUUAUCAGCGUUACUGA